GGUAGGUUGUGUCUCCCUGUUUGAACUGUCCACGCAUCGAAUCGUCACGUGCUCGUCUUCUUUGGAGUGAGCUGGAAUCGGCCAGAGGGGCUACGCUGGUGCACGACACACAUACACGCACGCACACACACACACAAACACACGGCGCCUUGUCUUCGGUACUGGAUUCACUAACUCCAAGGAUUAAAAGGAAUACAUUAGAAACACGUAUAUGAACAGGAAUUGCAUCAGAUUGAUGGGAUUACACACUUUGGAGACAUCAGAAGUAUAAGAAAGAAGAAAUAUUUAGCGUAUUUAUUUUUAAUUUUAUUUAUUUGGUUUUCAGUUUUCCAUUUGCAGGGAUUUAUCGUAGAAGGACUACUAACGAGCUAGCUAUCCAAAUGGGGUCGUAUGCAAACUGUGCAGGUUUUGACUGUGCGUUUGGGACUCCGGACUAAAGUAUGUUUCUGAAAUUUAUAGCAAUAAAAGACCCCCCUAUCUUGUCCAGAAUAACGACUAAAUGUCUGAGAAUAUCGCCGCAGUAUGGAUGUAGCUAGCAACCACGUUGCAACCCCGAAUGGUCUCGAUAGUCUCACGCUUGUUUUGGCACGUUGCCGUUUAUUGAACCUUUUCGGUUUAUUGAGGUGCGACUCAUACUAGUUUGUUUUGAAAUGGAAACGAUAUCAGCUCCGGUUUUCUCGCGCACGUGCCGGCGCGGAAUGUUUUCCAUUCAAUAAUACAUUCAUUUCUCCCCCCACCAUCAUGGCAAAUCCAGCUGCAGACCAGGGUUUUUCCGACGUGAGAAAGGUGGGUUAUUUAAGGAAACCCAAAAGCAUGCACAAGAGGUUUUUCGUCCUGCGGAUCGCCAGUGUCUCUGGGCCGUCCCGGCUGGAAUACUACGAAAACGAGAAAAAAUGGAGACACAAAUCCGUAGCUCCCAGGAGGUCGAUUCCACUGGAGAGUUGCUUCAACAUUAACAAGAGAGCCGACUCGAAGAACAAGUAUCUGGUGGCGCUGUACACCAAGGAGGAAUAUUUUGCCGUGGCGGCCGAGUGCGAACAGGAGCAGGACCUGUGGUACCAGGCGCUGGUCGACCUGCACAACAGAGGUAAGCGUCACGGGCCCGCCCCGGGGGGGGGCAGCAGCAGCGGCAGCGUCGGCGGCGGGACGGGCGGGGGCGACUAUGGGGCGGAGGCUGCCCCGGGACCGGCCUUCAGGGAGGUGUGGCAGGUCGUUCUGAAGCCGAAGGGACUGGGGCACGCCAAGAACCUGACGGGGAUCUACCGCCUGUGCCUGACGAGCAAGACCAUCAGCCUGGUGAAGCUGAACUCGGACGCGGCGGCGGUGGUGCUGCAGCUGAUGAACGUGCGCCGCUGCGGCCACUCGGAGAGCUUCUUCUUCGUGGAGGUGGGCCGGUCGGCGGCGACGGGGCCCGGCGAGUUCUGGAUGCAGGUGGAGGACUCGGUGGUGGCGCAGAACAUGCACGAGACCCUCCUGGAGGCCAUGAAGGCCAUGAGCGAGGAGCUCCGCCCCCGGGGCAAGGGCCAGCCGUCCUCCAAGUGCUCCACCCCCAUCUCCGUGCCGCUCCGGCGGCAGCACCACCACGGCCACCCGCCCCCGAGCCAGGUGGGGCUGGGCCGGAGGUCCCGGACGGAGAGCGCCGCGGCGGCCUCGCCCGCCGCCCCGGGGAGGCAGGCGCGCUCGUUUCGGGUGCGGGCGUCCAGCGACGGCGAGGGCACCAUAUCCCGGCCGGCGUCGGCGGACGGCAGCCCCGCCAGCCCCAGCCUGGCGCGGGCGUCCUCGCAGCGGCGCGGGGCCCCCGGCGCCCGCCUCCACCCGCCCCUCGCCCACAGCCGCUCCAUCCCCGCGCCCUCCUCCGCCGCCAGCCCCGCCAGCCUCUCCUCCAGCGGCACCAGCGGGCACGGCUCGGCCUCGGACUGCGCGUACCCGCGCCGUGCCAGCGCCACCCCCUCCGGCUCGCCCAGCGACGGCGGCUUCGUCUCGUCCGACGAGUACGGCUCCAGCCCCUGCGACCUCCGGGGGCCGUCCUUCCGCAGCGCCACGCCCGACUCCUCCCUCGGCCACACCCCUCCGCCCGCCCGGGACGAGGAGCUGAGCGACUACAUCUGCAUGGCACGGCCCGGCCAGCAGGCCGCGGUCGCCACGGCGACCGCGCCCGGCGGCCACAGCCCCGACCGCGCCCGUCCGCGCCGCCGGUCGCCCCCGCGCCUGGAGGACCUGGGGGAGAGCUUCCGGAAGCGGACGCGCACCCCACCCCUUGCCGCCCCGCCCGUCUGCCACCAGAAGACCCCCUCCCAGUCCCCCGCCGUCUCGCUGGACGAGUACGCGGCCAUGACGCCGGCGCACGGGCACCCCGACUUCCCGCCCGCAAACGCGUACCCCGAGGAGACGUUGGAUGUGCACACGGAGGGCGGGGGCGCUAGGUUAGGGUCGGGGGUAGGGAUGGGCGCUAGGCUGGGGGACGACGGCUACAUGCCCAUGUCGCCAGGCGUGGCCCCCGCCUCGUCCCGCAAGGGCGACGACUACGUGCCCAUGAGCCCCAAAACCGUGUCGGCCCCCCAGCAGAUCCUGGGCCCCCGCUCUCGCUGCCGGCUGGACUCCAGCGGCUACGUGAUGAUGUCACCCAGCGCCAGCUGCUCCCCGGAGAACGGCGGCAGCGGUGGCGGCGGCGAAUGCGCCAAGGCCUGGAGCGGAGUGGGCGGGGCCGAGGGCCGGGCUGGGGGCGGGGCCGACCCCCAGAGGGGAAGGGCACGUACGGGGACUACUCCGCCGCUGGACCGCUACCUCAACCCGCCGCCGGCUGCAGAGGAGGCCCCGCCCAGGCCCGCGGCGGGCUCCUGCUACCAUUCGCUGCCCCGCUCCUUCAGACACGCCCCCAGGAAGCAGGCCCCGCUGAGGAGGACGGCGCCUGGCCCCGGCCGGCCCGCCUACCCGGACUCCUCCUCUUCCUCCGCCAGCAGCGACAGCCUGGGCGCGCAGGACUCGCCGGGGGGGCCGCCGCCCCGCGGGACGGGCCGGGAGACGGGGGGCCCCCGGGCGCACCCGACGCGCCUCUCCCCGGACUGCGCCAGGGCCAGCACCCUCCCGCGAGCGCAGGACAGCCCCUCCCCCUCCCCCUCCCCGGGGCCCCCCAGCCCAGGAGAGUACGUCAGCAUGGAGUUUGGGGACGGGCCCUUCUGCGCCCGCCUGCCCGCCUCGUUUCUUGCUCCCGAGUUCGCCGAGGACGGGGGCCCCCUCGAGGGGUGCACACCGCGCCCCUCUGGGUACGGGACCGUGCAGCUGGAGGCCGGCCGGACCCGUCCCGGGUUCGAGGGGGUUGACUUCGCCCUGGAAGGUCCGGUGCCACUGGUCCCCGGUACCGGGCACGCGCUGAGUGCCUUCAGCAGGGUGCGCCCCAGCCCGGACCAGAACCGGGGCGCCAGGCUGGUCCGGGUCGACCCCCAGGCCCGACAGCGGCACGGCUCCGGAUCCUUCGGGCCGGGGUCUGGGGGCGGGACGGUCCGGUCCCUGCUCCAGGCCAGUCCGGAGGACACCAGACUGCGCGCCUGCGCGCCCUUCGAGGAGGCGUGGCCAGUCGGCGAAGCGGGCUGCGGGAGACGGGAGCGGGUGCCUGUUGCUGGUGCCGCCUCUUCCUCCUCCUCCUUCUCCUCUACCUCGGCCCGCGAUCUGAACUACAUGGACCUGGACCUGGGGAGGGCUGUGAAGCAGCCCGAGUGGAGCUUCCUCCGGCCCAGGAGCCCCCUCUCGCCCAGCCAGCGUCCCGCGCAGGAGGGGAGCGGCUACGCCAGCGUUAGCUUUCAGAGGCGGGAGCGCGGGAACGGCGACCCUGCGCACCGGGAGGAAUGAAGACGUGGACUCCUCUGCAAACCCCACAGACCCUGACCCUCUCCUUCCGUAGAUGCCCUGAAUCAGGCAGUUUGUCCUGGCGACAAGCACAGUCCACUCUGAUUCCACUGCCUGUUCUCCCUCUGUGAAGCUGCGCAGUGAUCUCCUAGCGGGAGCUCAGUUCACUCGCCACAGUUACCGCGCGUAGCACAGGGACGGUGACGCGGUUUCCUGUGUCAGGGAUGGAAGGGCACAGUUAGCGUAGCUGUUCUCUGUGUCGCCGUACAACACGGUCGGCCUGUCGGUGACCGCAGAUAUGCGAACGACUCUCAGAAAUGGUAUGGCACAGUUACCUUUUCAGUUAUAAUUCAGCACAGUUAACCUUCUCAGUAAUAACUGAGCACAGUUACUCAGCGAUGGAUGAGGCCUAACACAGUUGUGCCUGUGACUACAAUGCACAGUUUCUCUCUCAGUGACUAUACAGUGGUUAUAGCACAGUUCCUCUCUCUGAUGGUGCAACAGUUGUGUUCUCAGUUAGUGUAGCAGUUAUUUUGUCCUCUCAUCUGAAAUAUAGCCCAGUUUCGCUCUCAGUUACUGUACAGCACUGUUAAGUUUUCGGUUGAAAUAUAGCACUUUUGUCCAUGACCGCAGAGCACAGUUGCUCUCUGUGGUAUUACAGCACAGUUAUGAUACAGCACAGUUACUCUCUCUGGUUUUACAGCACAGUUAUGAUACAGCACAGUUACUCUCUCUGGUUUUACAGCACAGUUAUGAUACAGCACAGUUACUCUCUCUGGUUUUACAGCACAGUUAUGAUACAGCACAGUUACUCUCUCUGGUUUUACAGCACAGUUACUCUCCCUGUAAUGGUGCCACACUGGUGCAGUACGUUCUCAGUGGUUAUCUUGUUCAUGUACGCACAACGCAGUUACAACGCUGUGAGUUCUGGUACGGCACAGUCACUUUCUCAGUGAUGCUGCGCAACAUUCGGCUAGCCUCGUUAGCCUUUUCUGAGCACAGGACCUGCUCGACAGGAGUACACACACAUACACACACGCACACACACACGCACACGCACACACACACACACACACACUGCACUGUGACUCCUCAAUCUGCCAUUCCCACUGCUUCCAUACAGAUGGUCAUUAUUUAAAUUUUCACAUAUUAUUUGUAUUGUUAUUGUUAUUAUUGUUCAUAUUAUUUUAGCUUUUUAAGCAAGAAUAGCUGGUAUCUCUCAAUUUGGGAAUUUUUAUGUUUAGUCUUUUUUUUUGUUUUGUCUUUAAAAGUUCUCAGAUAGCUGUGGGAGGAGGUAUUACUUGUAAGUUUUGCUCAAGCAAUGUUUCCUUAAGUUUUCCGUAAAUCAAACUCUACUCAACAUAUCUAUGAACAAAAUCAUUUUAAUUUAAACUAAUUUCACCGGUAACGCUAAAAUGCCAUUUGUGCAUGAAACCUGAAGACCCGUUUCCAUGGUAAAUGGAUUCAGACCUCAAAAAAGAAAAGUAACAAUAUGCUUGUCUUUUUUUUUUUUUUUUUACUCCUGAGGACAUUGGACGUAUGAUCUGUGUAAAUAUUUCGGGUAGAAAAAUUCAUUCACGUUUACCCUGAAUGAAUAUUUGUUGAGUAUUUAAUAUUUUGGGAUUUGUAAUACUGCUUAAAUGAUCUGAGUUAUGGUACGCCAUAACGUUUUUUCGAGAUGUUACGUGCCAUUUUAUGCAUUUGAGCUCAUUGAGAAAAUGGGGUCUGAAGAG